AUGGACAGAGCUUUAUGAAGCUCUUUUUGCAAGCUACUAGUUUGCUGCCGACCACACGCCCUGAAUCAUCCAUUGCAGUCGUAGUCAUGGCCAGUAACGAAUCAGUCGGUUUUAGUGUGGAAAAGUGUCCCAAAGAAUAUCCGUCCUACCGUUGUAGUCUGAGUGAACGGGAACAAAAACAAGCAAAAGAACAACUGGGGGAAGAUGACUUUGUACGGGAUCAAACUUUGCAAAAAAUGCGGGAAUGGAUUGCCUUCCAUCCGCACAUCCAAAAAUGUCGAACAGAUUCCAUAUUCCUGCUGCGGUUUCUAAGGGCAAGGAAAUUCAACUUGACAGAGGCAUGUGAAACCUUGGAACGAUACCUUUCGAUGCGCCAAGUGUUCAGAAUCUGGUUUGAGAAUUUGGACCCCGAAGAUAAGUACAUGAAACAGCUUCUGGCUGCUGAAGGAGCCCUACCACUGGGGAUAGACAACCGUGGUCGGAUGGUUGGAUUGGUCAAGGUUCGCAACUUUGAUGCCACUAAGUACACGUGUCACCAUUUGGGUCGAUUCACUCAUAUGGCGCUGGAGGCUUUUUAUGACGACGAACAGGUUCAGAUUGGAGGAGGAGUAGCGGUCAUCGAUUGUCAAGAUGCCACAAUGGCCCAUUUCACGUUGUUUAAACUUUCCGAUAUUAGAAAUUUUAUGGAGUGCCUAAAGUAUGCACUUCCUGUGCGUGUCCAGGAAGUCCAUCUCAUCGGUCUACCGCGCAUCGGAGCUGCGAUCGGUGAUCUCAUUCUCAAUUUCGCCAGUGCCGAGAUGAAGCGUAGAAUCAGUUUUCACUCAAACCUGUCUGACGCCUUGAAGUUGCUGGAUGUGAAUCUGAUGCCGGUGGAAUACGGUGGAACUCAAACUGCGAGGGAGAUUACCGAACGGUUGAGGAAACGAUUGAUAGCCAGCAGGCAAAUGCUACUGCAAUUAGAUGAAUUAGAAAUUGAUGGAGCGCCCUAUGCUGGAUUCUGGAAUCAAGGCAAAGAUGAAGACGUGGAGUUUGGAAUGGAAAUUGACUGAGUAAAAAUGUGAUAAAUAUGACCAAAUUUAAUAUGUAAUUGGCCAGUGAUGUACAGAUUUCAAUAGUAAAAUAAAAUGAAGAUUUUGAAAAUGAAUUAUGGUAAGCACUAAGUGAUAGUCAGGAAAACCCAGAAUAUUCGCUGUGGCAUUCCAAACUUUCUCGAUCGACUACUUUGUAACAAGUAAACAGCUUUGAACAGGGAGCUGAUUAGGUUAUGUUUGGGGCGUUCAUGACCUCGUCCAUCGUCCAGUGACCUUCCAUCUAACCUAAUCCAAUGGCCUCAUUAGGCCACCCCGCAAUGGCUGUCCAAAAGACUUUUCUGUGGUCCUUUGGUGGUGAGAUAUUGUACCACAGAUUGUACUGAGC